AUGGAUAUCGUGGAAGAAGCUAUGGAUUUGCUACGACAUCUAGUAGAUAAAAUCGGGCUUAUCGAGGCUAGAAUUGGAGCGAUCGAAGCCAGAUUUGUGGAGAUGGAGACCGCGACGAAGCAGACUUGCCGGACUGUGAAACGGCUACAGCGCCUCAGAGAAAAGGAGCAUCGUGCUACCAUAGAGAAUCAGGCCUCCAUGGAGAAGAAGCGAACCUCUUUGGAGGACAUUUUGGCACCUGCAGACGUUGAUAUUGGCGACAUCGAUAAAGCGAUACGAAGAUUGGAAGCGGAGCUUAGGGCUCAGAAUCUGGACUUUGUACUCUGGGUUAUCAUUUUCGUUGCUCUUGGAGUCUCUGUCGUGUUCUACUUGAGAUGGAUUACGCUAUCAACCCGUAGCUAA